GGAUGGGGGCCCAGGUGCAUCGCGGCCGCUGACCCUCAGGCUCUGUCCGUCCUCCUUUUUUUCCCUUCCGGAAGUGCCGGGAUGGGAGGCUGAGCAUUUGUGACACCUGCAUUUCUGUGGCUCCCUCCUCUUCCCCCCACCCUAUAUGUUUAUCUCCUCGCUUUCCAGAUGUUCCUUUUAAUCAGGCUGUCGCUUCUUGCGUGAGGAAAAGCACUUCACGUGGAGCAGGAGACGGGUUUCAGACCUGGACCUUACCACUCUUAAGUUGAAGUCCCCGAGCCUCAGUUUCACCCACAGUAUUUUUGCCUUGCCUCACCUGGUUUUGAGGAUCAGUAUGAAGGAGAGGGAGGAAAUGGACAUUUAUUGAGUUCCUCCAAGGCCAAGUACCAUGCAGACUGCUUUAUCAGCCACGUUUAAUUUUCAUUACUUGGUGUUCCUAGAGCUCUCAUUUCACAGUUCUUAAGCUCACAAGGGUUAACUGACCUGGUCUCACAUAGCUGCAGGCUCUGCGUGGACGCCCAGACCCCUCUGCUCCCCAUGGGCAACUGCCAGGCAGGGCACAACCUGCAUCUAUGUCUGACCCACCACCCACCUCUGGUCUGUGCCACCUUGAUCCUGCUGCUUCUUGGCCUCUCUGGCCUGGGUCUUGGUGGCUUCCUCCUUACCCACAGGACUGGCCUGCGCAGCCCUGACAUCCCUCAGGACUGGGUCUCCUUUUUUAGAUCUUUUGGCCAGCUGACCCUGUGCCCCAUGAAUGGGACAGCCACAGGGAAGUGGCAAGAGUCUCACGUCGUGGGCUUACUGACCACCUUGAACUUCAGAGAUGGUCCAGACAGGAACAAAACCCAGACAUUCCAAGCCACAGUCCGGGGUAGUCAGAUGGGACUGAAAGGAUCCUUUGCUGAAAAGAUGGUCCUCAUCACAGCCAGGGUGAACAAAGAAAGGACCCUAGGAACCUGCCUAUAUUUUAGUGCUGCCCCAGGAAUCCUGCCUACCAGCCAGCCACCCAUAUCCUGCUCCGAGGAGGGGGCAGGAAAUGCCACACUGAGCCCUAGGAUGGGUGAGGACUGUGUCAGGGUCUGGAGUCACGAAGGCCUUGUGCUUACCAAGCUGCUCACCUCGGAGGAGCUGGCUCUGUGUGGCUCCAGGCUGCUGGUCUUGGGCUCCUUCCUGCUUCUCUUCUGUGGCCUUCUCUGCUGUGUCACUGCUGUGUGCUUCCACCCACGCCGGGAAUCCCACUGGUCUAGAACCCGGCUCUGAGGGCACUGGCCUAGUUCCCACCAUGUUCAGGUGUGAAUCAACUUCUGGGGCCUUGGUUAUGAGUUGAAAGCAAUGUUACAAAAAGUGAAGAGCUGGAAUGUGGGGGAAAUAAAAGGCUUGUUUUCCCAGUGUUGCCUAAGGUGUUUAUUGGGGAUUGGAUUGAGAUGAGAACUUUAGGAUUAGACAAGCUUGGGAGGCUUGGGAC